GUGUGUGUGGUGUUAUUUAGUUGUCUUUAGCAUCCUAGCAACAAACACCAACGAGUAACAUGAGACUCUGGUUGUAGGUGGACAUCCGAGUCAGUAUCAGGUGUUUAUAUAUGACACACACACACACUGGUGAGAGUCUACAGAUCCAGCACUAGGACCCAGAAGCUUCCCGGUCCCUGCCUCCUCUCUCAUAUCACUCACUCCUCUCCUCCCUACCUGAACUACUCACUCCAGGAUGGAGCAGAGAGAUGUCGCAGAGACCAGAAGACGACCAAGAGACAUCAGAAUAGACAACAGCCUUGCCUACUGGCGUCAUUUUUCUUUCUAUAUACAUAGGUUAUAGGUUUUGCCUGCUGCAAACGGACAACACCAUCAGAAGACUUGGAAGAACCUGAAUAUGUCAGCAACUAUGUAAAAAACACAAUCUUUUAUGGACUUUUUUCAACAGAGCCAAAUUCUGUAAGAUUCAAACUGGAUUUUAUCAGUGUUUUAAAAAAGUCCCACCAUUGGACCUGCUACAGUGGGACUAAACAAGAACACAUACUGGAGUGUUUAGAAUCAGUUAGGAAGUUGUAGAGCUUAACUGAGCGAGACUAAUACUAUUUGGUCUGUAUAUGUGUACCUCUGCGUGUAACUCAGUAUACAGCCAUGGGGAAUGCAGCUGGAAGUCUGGAGAUGUCACCCGGACGGGACGUCAAACGGCCCCUCAGCACUUAUGGGCAGAAACAGCCACCGGCCCCUAAACUGCCCCUACCACCUGAGGAGGAAUUAGAGGAGAGGUUCAACAUUGUGUUGAAUUCCAUGAAUCUUCCACCUGAUAAAGUGAAGCUGCUCUGUCAGUAUGACAAUGAGAAGAAAUGGGAGUUAGUUUGUGACCAGGAGCGCUUUCAGGUGAAGAAUCCUCCAUCAGCGUACAUCCAGAAACUUAAGAGUGUAUUAGAGCAGGGAGGAGGCAGAAAGUUUAAGAGGAGAGUCCAAGAAUCCACACAAGUUCUAAGAGAGCUGGAAAUCUCUUUGCGCACCAACCACAUCGGGUGGGCUGAGGAGUUUCUAAAUGAAGAAAACAAAGGUUUAGAUACGCUAGUGGACUACCUCUCUUUUGCUCAACGUGCAGUCACAUAUGAAAUGGAUAGCUCUGAUAAUGGAAGCUUUGAUGAGAAAUCUGUGGAAGAUUUGACCAACAGUGCGUCAAACUCCCCUACCCACAGUUCCCCACGCUUAGGACACACUUUCACCUCAAGGAAAGCUCUGAGAUACUCGCGUCUGCUCAGCCAGAAGAACCACCUGCACCUCUGCAUUAUGUGCCUCCGCGCCAUAAUGAACUACCAGUUAGGGUUUAAUCAGGUAAUGGCUCAUCCCAGCUGUGUCAAUGAAAUCACCCUGAGUCUCAACAACAAGAGUGCCAGGACUAAAGCUCUGGUUCUGGAGCUCCUUGCUGCAGUGUGUUUGGUUCAAGGAGGUCAUAAAAUGAUUAUUGCAGCCUUUAAUAAUUUCAAAGAGGUGUGUGAAGAGAAAGACAGAUUCGAGAAACUCAUGGAAUAUUUCACAAAUGAAGACAACAACAUUGAUUUCAUGGUGGCUUGUAUGCAGUUUAUUAACAUUAUAGUGCACUCAGUGGAGAACAUGAACUUCAGAGUAUAUUUACAGUAUGAGUUUACACAACUGGGACUAGACAGCUAUCUGGAGAAGUUAAAUGACACUGAGAGUGAGAGGCUACAGGUGCAGAUUCAAGCGUAUCUGGAUAAUGUGUUUGAUGUUGGAGCGAUGUUAGAGGAUGCCGAGGCCAAAAAUACAAUAAUAGAACAUCUAGAGGAGCUGCAAGAACAAAACACACAGUUAAACACUAGACUGCAGCAAUGUGAGAGUGAAGCUGUGGAGAAGACAUCUGAACUCGAGAAACAGCUCACACAGAGUAGGAAAGAGGUGGAACUUCUGAAGGACAGUGUGAAGGAGACACAGGCUCAGCUCGCUCAGCUGCAGCAGAAGGAGAAAGAGAGAGAGAAACAAAUUGAGAAGGAGCAGGAGCGUGAGAGAGAGAGACAGCACUCUGCUAAAGCUCUGACCGAGCUGGAGAAGAUGGUUCAGGUUCUGGUGGAUCGAGGUCUGAUCCGCAUGGAGAGAUCUGAAUCCGGUUCUCUGGAUUUACACAUUAUACCAGCCGCAGACACAACAGAUAAGAGUAUAACGGAAAUAAAGGCCUCACCUGUGACACAGUCUCCGCCCCCUCCUCCUGCCCCCGCCCCUCCACCACCUCCUCCUCUGCCCCCUAUGAGUGUAGCUCCGCCCUCUUCGUCCCCUCUACCUGGGAGGACGAUUUGUUUUGUGAAAGGUAAGAAGCCAAUCAAGACUAAGUAUCGUAUGCCACUGCUUAACUGGCAGGCUCUCAUGGAGGAACAGGUGGCCGGCACUGUCUUCACAGAGCUGGAUGAUGAAAGUGUGCUUGGGGAGUUAAAUAUGGACGUCUUUGAGGAGUUGUUUAAAACUAAAGCUCAGUCUGCUCCUGUUAAUGUCGGCACUCUGAAAGUGAAAGUGGCUCAUAAAACAUCCAGUAAAAUCACCCUACUGGAGCCCAACAGGGCCAAAAACCUCGCCAUCACCCUGCGCAAAGGAGGCAUGAGCACCGCGCAGAUCUGCACUGCGAUCCAAACGUAUAAUCUUGAUUUGCUAAAGUCAGAUUUUCUGGAGCUGCUGGAGCGCUUCAUCCCAUCUGAUUAUGAGCUGAGGUUGAUUGAGAAAUAUGAGCGUGAAGGACGUGCCCUUCUGGAGCUGUCGGAGGAGGACCGAUUCAUGGUGGCCUUCAGCAAAAUCCAGCAUCUGCCACAGAGAAUCAGCACGCUGACAUUCAUGGGCAACUUCAGCGAGAGCAUCCAGCUACUAAGGCCUCAAUUAAAUGCCAUCAUCGCUGGGUCCAUGUCAAUCAAAUCCUCCAGCAAACUCAAGAAGAUUCUAGAGAUCAUUCUUGCGUUUGGGAAUUACAUGAACAGUGGGAAGAGAGGAUCAGCAUAUGGAUUUCGACUCCAAAGUCUGGACCUGCUUCUGGACAUGAAAUCCACAGAUCGAAAACUGACACUCUUGCAUUUCAUCGUCAGCAUCAUACAAGAAAAAUAUCCUCAACUACAGAACUUUCACACUGAACUACACUGUCUGGAUAAAGCUGCACUGGUCUCUCUGGACAGCAUCCUUGCAGAUGUUCGAUCUCUGGAGAAGGGAAUGGAGGUGGUGCGUAAGGAGUUUCUCCAGCAGAAGGACAGCGCUGUCCUCACAAACUUCAUGUCCAAUAACGGCAGUCUGCUGGACUCUGUGGUCAAAGACAGCAAAACUGCAGAGGAGGUCUAUCACUCAGUGGUGGAGUAUUUUGGAGAGAAUCCCAAAUCCACACCUCCUUCUGUGUUCUUCCCGGUUUUUGCCAGGUUUAUCAAAGCAUAUAAGCUGGCCGAACAGGAGAAUGAACAGCGCAAGAAGAAAAUCUCGGAGACUGAUUUUGGCACAGAUUUGCCCACCUCUGACCCUCCCAUGAGCACAGCAAUGCCAUCGAUGCCACGCGUCCCUCAGGUGGAUCUGAUCGCAGAGCUGAAGCGCAGGCAGAUGACGCCGCUCUUAACAAAACUCAAAGAACAGAAAGCCAAUGCCCUAACCACAGAUUUGAGGAACCAGCCGUACAUCAGAGCAGACGGAGCAAGACGAAGCGCCAAAUGGAAACCAGCUCAGCAGCUUCCCGUGUCGUCUGACAUCUCUCUGUGAAACACACACAGCUCAAAGCAUCCCGCGACGAACCCACACCACACAUGAAGCCAAAAACAGUUUACAAGAAACAUUUAAACAGCUACAUUAAGCUAUUUGUAUAUCUAAAUUAUAAAAGUUCAACUAUUUAUGUACAAUUUAGCAAACAACUUGGCGAAUCUCAAGAAACCUGUCAAAAACGUGCUUGAAUAUUUUAUACAUAUCACCCCAAAAUUACAAAAAUAAAAUUAAGAAAUUUGAAGAAUUUAAAUGUGCUUUCAAAAUUUGGCAAAAUUUUUUUUUUAAAAUUUUAACGUGUUUAUAUAUCAUUUCACCCAAAAAUUUAUAAAAUGAAGAAUUUGAACAUGCUUAUGUAUUUCAUAUUUAGCCCUAAAAUUAAAAGAAAAAAUUGGAAAUUUUUCUAGAAUUUAAACAAGAGCUUGUAUAUUUUAUACUUCGCAUCAAAAUUUACAAAAGUAAGAAAUUGAAAGAAUUUGAACAUGCUUGUAUAUUUCAUACUUUGCAUCAAAAUUAAAGGUAAAAAAAUAAAUUUUAAAAAUUUGAACGUGCUCAUAUUUCAUAUUUUGCCCCAAAAUUUUUUAAAGAAAUGUGAAGAAUUUAAAUGUGCUUGUAUAUUUCAUAAUUUUUCCCCAAAUUAAAAGAAAAAAAUAUAUAUAUAAAUUUGAAGAAUCUGAACAUGUGCACGAAUAUUUCGUAUUUCGCCGCAAAAUGUAUAAAAAAAUUUAAGAAAUUUGAAGAAUUUGAACGUUCUUAUACAUUUUAUAUUUUGCCUCAAAAUUAAAAGAAACAAUUACAAAAUUUGAAGAAUUUAAACAUGUGCUUGUAUAUUUCGUAUU